GUGGGUGGCAUUAAUUUGUUGCAAAUACAAGCGCAGAACGAGAAACAGGGUCAUUGAUGAAGGAGGAAGCUGUCUUGUCUCGGUCUUUCUCUAUGCUCCAUUACUUCCAUGCUUCCUUCAGAACUGGUGUUUGAUUAAUUACACAAGAUUAGUCACAUACGGUUGCGGAAAGAAGAAUCACCAGCUUAAUUCAUCAUAAUUUACUUAAUCUUGUGGAGGGAUUUGAUCCAGUUCUAGUAGUACAAGUACUAAAAGUUUGGCGGUCGAAUUCAUAUAGGUUUGCUUACCUAUAUUAAUGGAAGAUAUAGCAGCAAGAGACGAGGGGAGGAGCCAAGAAGAAAGCCCCGUCACAUACUGUGUGACCGGAGCAUCGGGUUACAUUGGGUCAUGGCUGGUGAAAUCCCUCCUUCAAAGAGGCUACCGGGUUCACGCCACUGUCCGCAGCCCUGAGAAAUCACUGAAUCUUUUAAAAGAGUGGGAUGGAGGAGAGCGGUUGAGAAUCUUCAAAGCAGAUCUACAGGAAGAUGGGAGCUUUGAUGCUGCUGUGAGAGGUUGCAGUGGCUUAUUCCAUGUUGCUGCUUCGAUGCAAUUUGAGGUUCCAGUGGAAGAGAAUGUUGACAGUUAUGUCCAGACAAAUGUCAUUGAACCUGCAAUUAAAGGAACCUUGAAUGUGCUCAAAGCUUGCUCAAGAACGAAUUCUGUGAGAAGGGUUGUUUUUACAUCAUCAAUAAGUACUAUGACUGCCAAAGACAGCUCAGAGAACUGGAGAGAUCUUGUUGAUGAAUCCUGCAAGGUUCCUAUUAAUCGUGUCUGGAAACACAAACCAACCGGAUGGGUCUAUGCAUUGACAAAGAUUCUGACAGAGGAAGCAGCCUUCCAAUUUGCACAUGAAAAUGGAAUUGACUUAAGGUCUGUGAUAACUGCGACUGUUGCUGGUCCGUUCCUCACUUCAACAGUUCCAACAAGCAUCCGAGUUCUCUUGUCACCAAUUACAGGUGACCCUCAACUAUUACCAAUUCUAGUUGGUGUAAACUCUAGAAUGGGUUCGAUUGCUUUAGUUCACAUUGAAGAUAUAUGCAAUGCCCAUAUUUUCGUCAUGGAGGAUGCUAGAGCAGAAGGUCGAUAUAUGUGCUGCUCACGUAGUUGUGGAAUGGCUGAACUUGUUGAUUACCUCAUGGAGGAGUAUCCUUGCUCUAAUUUGCAGAGGCUUGUAAAGGCUAAGAAUGAGUCCAUUCCAGCAGAAAUUUCUUCGAAGAAGUUGACAGAUUUGGGGUUCAGCUUCAAGUAUGAUGUGCAGGAUAUAAUACAGCAAGCUGUUGAGAAAUGUAUUGCCUGUGGAUUUAGACUCUAAAAUGACUGAAAGAAGCGGAGAAUUUUGAUGUCUGACAAGAACUUUACAAGGCAAUUCUGGGAUUGUUAAAAAAAAUGAAGGGAAGAUCGUAGUACAGGACCAACACUGUAAAUUGUCGAAUCUGUAGUCUUUACCAUCUACUCCCCAAACGAGGAAAGUGUGUGGACGUGAUAAUUUAUGUGAUAGAUUAUUGCAUCUGGCAGUAAAAACCAGUGCUGAUUUUAUUA